AUGGAGAUCAUGUGUGUUAAGAAACCGGCUGUUGUUGUCACUGACGGCGACAAGGCUAUGAUAAAAGCAGUUUCUGAGGUGCUUCCAUCUGCGACCCAUCGCUUGUGUGCAUGGCAUGUAGAGAAAAACGUCACAUCUAAUGUAAAGGAUGUCGAAUUACGUGGCUUGUUCAGGAGACGGCUGUAUGCAGAAAUGGGGAAAGAGGACUUCGAAUCUGAAUGGGACCGUGCUGUUUCUGUGUAUGGGCUACGCGAAAAGCAAUGGUCAUGCCAUAUGUAUGAUAAAAAGCAUAUGUGGGCAAGUCCUUAUUUGCGUGACAAGUUUUGCGCGGGGUAUAGGACGACAUCCAGGUGCGAAGGCAUUAACGCACAUGUGAACAAGUUCUCCAAGUCCACCCAUACAAUUUACGAGUUGGUUCAGAGCUUGGAGAUGGUCGCCCGCGAAUACCGGUAUAGGGAGUUACAGCUCCAGUUUCAGUCCAUCAACUCGGUCCCGAUUAUGACAACCUACCUGACAAGUAUUGAGAGGCAUGCCGCUACGAUCUACACAAGAGAAAUGUUUCGGAAUGUGAAGAAGGAGAUUGAAAGGGUCGGUACGUUGAACCAGAUUAACAAAAGGAGGAUACUUACUACAAUGGUAUACACCAUUGAGGAGUACGAGAAUCCUAAUGUGCAGAUAACAACGUCCUAUGGUCGCUCGACUAGGAAAGUCAGUUGUCAAUGUAACUUAUGGAGUAAGCAUGGAUAUCCUUGUAAGCACAUGUUCUUUGUUUUGAAGGCUGGGCACCUUAAGAAAAUACCUGACACCCUUAUUUUGAGGAGGUGGCGAGCUGAUGCAAAAACACCGGAACAGUUGGCCUUGUUCCAGAAGGCUAUGCGUGGAAUUCAGUCUUUAUGUAAAGAACUUGAGAUGGAUUACAAGGCAUUUCACGGCGGGGUUAGGGUCACAGGUGAAAAUGUAGGUGCAGCAGAUGCUGUCGUCAGGGACCCGGUUGUUGCUCAGCCAAAAGGAGCUCCAAAACUGGGUAAGAGGAAAGGCCAUUGUAUACGGCGAUGUUGCAGCUGCUGCAAGGGUACGGGACAUACCAAGAGAACCUGCCCCGCUAAGGGUGAUAACGAUGACAAUCAAGGUUGGAGGGACAACCCAUGCGGCGGGAAUGACUCAGACAUGGCUGACCGGGAUGAUGAAGAUCUUUGUGAUGACAUGUAUUUCGACCCAAAUGGCACAGGGGACAACGCAUAA